UGUCCAGCAUACAAUGAAAUUAGAAAUAGAUAUAGCUUUAUGCAGCAACCAUAUCAAGAAAAUAAAGAGGAAUUAGUAGCAAAUAUAAUCUUAUUGGUAGUACUAAUGAGGGAGGAAGUGGAGAAUCGGAAAGAUUUUAUAAAAGAAAUGUGGUAUUUCAGAGAGAAGAAGCUCAAGCAAACACAAACAAAGGAGGAAUAAAAGAAGCAAGGGAGCCGUUUCAAAGGCAUAUCCCACCCACUACUACUACUACUACUACUAACGUAACUUCUAUUCAAACGUCUUUUAUCUAUAAUAAUAAUUGUCAUCUUCAUAACCGAGACAAAUCGUAAUUAAUCGUAAUAAUUGAUAAACUACCAAUACAACUGAUAAUUACUGUAAUAAUGUGGGCCCAAAAGGACUGUGAGAGUCAGGAACGAAGAGUGCAAGUGGUGUCGGGCUUGGCGCACUCAAUCAAUCAAUCAUUCAAUCAUUAAGUAACAAUGGGAUGGACAACCUUUGCUUCGAGAAUUUGCAAAGCACCAAAUGCAGACUUGGUGAGUGAGAGGUCCUUGGAAAUUAAAGUUACGGUACAUAAUUAUCAAAAAGGAACUCUGUUCCUUGGUCUUGUUGGGAACUUAUUCUUCCAAACGGAGGAACUUUCCUUUGGAUCCUAACUAGGAUUGAGUAUUGCACAUAGAACAUCCUGUGGAAAUGGAAGCUGAAGAAUCGUCACCAUUGCUGCCACUCAAAGAAGAGAAAGAGGAUCUGGAGGAGGGUCCAACUGAAAACACAGAUGACAACUCUUCGUUUGCAGACCACUUCUUAGAAGUCAAGGCAGAACCGGAAUUUUUUGACUAUGGUGAUUUUGAUGUGAACUGUUCUUCUCAAUCUAGUAUUAAGUGUGAAAAGGACAGCUCUCCAAGCUGUGAUGAUGAGAGUGGAAAGAAAAAUACCUGUAUUGAAGAAGAAAAUAAACAUUUGGGUAGAAGUAACAUAGCAGGGAAGCAAUUAACUUGUGCUGAAUGCCAAAGGACGUUUUCAAAACUUGACAACCUGAAAUCCCACAUGAGAACUCAUACGGGAGAGAAACCAUAUACUUGCUCUGUAUGUCAAAAAAGUUUUUCUAUUGCAAGUACUCUCAAAAGUCACAUGAGAACUCAUACGGGAGAGAAACCAUAUACUUGUUCUAUAUGUCAAAGAAGUUUUUCUCUUCGAGGUAAUCUCAAAAUACAUAUGCGAACUCAUACUGAAGAGAAACCAUAUACUUGCUCUAUUUGUCAAAGAAGUUUUUCUGUUACAAAUCAUCUCAAAACACACAUGAAAACUCAUACAGGAGAGAAACCAUAUACUUGCUCUGUAUGUCAAACAAGUUUUUCUGUUUCAAGUCAUCUCAAAAUACACAUGAGAACCCAUACAGGAGUGAAACCAUAUACUUGCUCUGUAUGUCAAAGUAGUUUUUCUCAAUCAAGUAAUCUCAAAACACACAUGAGAACUCAUACAGGUGAGAAACCAUAUACUUGCUCUGUAUGUCAAAGAAGUUUUUCUAGUUCAGGUGCUCUCAAAUACCACAUGAGAACUCAUAUGGGAGAGAAACCAUAUGCUUGCUCUGUAUGUCAAAAAAGUUUUUCUGAUUCAAGUACUCUCAAAUGUCACAUAAGAACUCAUACAGGAGAGAAACCAUAUACUUGCUCUGUAUGUCAAAAAAGUUUUUCUGCGUCAAGUAAUCUCGCAAAACACAUGAAAACUCAAUGCAUGAGAGAAAGCAUUCCCUUAAAAAACAAUCUCAAAAGACACGGGAAUUCACACUAGACAGAAACUGUAUAAUUAUCUCUGUCCAAGUAAUUUUUAUUAGAUGCUUUUACAUAACUGCUGUAAUUUGAAUAUUGUUAAGUAACAUUGGCAAGCGAAAUUUUGUUUGACAUAAGUGGACAAGAAAAUGCUCUCUUUCUUUAUUGGGGAACUUUUGCUUAUGAGCUCAGAUAAGUGCAGCAAGUUAAAAAUGAUUAUAUUUACCUUAUGAAAAAAAUGUUUAUACGCAUAUAUAAAUAUAAAU